UUUACUCUACUAGGCAUCUCAACAUAACUCAUGUCAUUUUUUCCUAAGUACACUUAUCUUAGAGCACAGUUCUUGACAUCACUCGGCCACAAAGAUGAAUAACCAAGGAGUUACUUAUGCAGAACUGAACGUAGCCAACAACUCUAAGAGGCGACAAAUAAAACUUAAGGACACUAAAAGUUCCAUUUCAAUAACUGAGCAGGAAAUAGUCUAUGCAGAACUGAAUCUUCAGAAUGCUUCUAAGAAUCUUCAAGGGAAUGAUAAGAACCACCACUGCCAAGAGAAACUUGUUGCUGGGACCCUGGGAAUCAUCUGUCUUGGCUUGAUGUUCGCUGUGGUAGCAAUGAUAGUUGUUACUCCUGCUACCGUAAUACCAGAGCAGAAUGACUCCUCUCCAAUCACAAGGCUCCAGAAAGAAUUUCAUUGUGGUAAUUGUCCAAAGGAAUGGUUUACAUAUUCCAAUAAUUGCUAUUAUGCUACUACUGAAAAAAAAACAUGGAAUGAGAGUUUGAUGGCCUGUGAUUCACGGAAUUCUACUCUACUUUAUAUAGAUAAUGAAGAAGAAAUGAAAUUCCUGAAAUCCCUAUCAAGUGUGUCAUGGGUUGCAGUCUCUCGUGAAAGCCGUGAUCAUACAUGGAUGUGGAGAAAUGGUUCAACUUGCACACUAAAGAUAACAGAUACAUCACCUGGUAAACGUAACUGUGCAAUUCUAUACUCAAUGGGCAUUAAAGCAGAAAACUGCGACUUUCCAAAUGCAUAUAAUUGCAAGCAUAAACUUGAGAAAUAAAGCAUAUGAAUUUGGAUUCUGUUGGGUAACAUUGUCUUUCAUGAAAUGGCAAUGAUAUUAUGAUUGCAUAUGUUUUAGACGAAUUAUGUUAUUCAUAUAUGAAAUACGGAAUAUAUGAAAGUUUUUUCAAAAACUAUUGAAACAUAAUAUAUACCCCAAAGUACAGAUAUCAUUACUUUUUGCUUGGCUUUUUUUGCUCAACAAUAUGUUUAUGGCUUUCAACCUUUCUAAGAGAUCACAUAUGGUGUAAGCCCAUUUAUAUGAAUAUCAAGAAUAGGUAAUUCCCAUAGAGGCAGAAAGUGGAUUGGUGGUUACCAAGGACUGAGGAGAGACGGAGUUAGAAAAUGACUGAUAAGCACUACAAAGUUUCUUUGGGGGGUAAUAAAAACUUCUAGAAUUUGUUAGUGUUGAUGGUUGUAAACUCUCUGAACAUAUUAUAAAAAAAUCACUGAUUUAUACGCUUUCAGUUGAUACAUGUUAUGCUGUGUAAAUUACACUCCAAUAAAGCUGUUUAAAAUUUAAAAAAAAAAACCUCCUGGAAUUAUGUUUGAGACUGCAUUUAAUGUUUAAGGUAAUUUGUAAAGAUAUUUCAUCUUUACAAUAUUGGCAUUUCCAGUCAAAAUCAUGCUUUAUCCUUCCCUGAAUUAGGUUUUUCUAUAAUUUCUCCUGAUUAUAUUUUGUAUUUUGUAUUAUUCUAUGUUAAAAUCUUAAAGAUACAUGGGUAUUUCACACUUAAGGCUUUUGUAAAUGGUAUCCUUAAUAUAUUCUCCUGGAUUUUUAUAUACACAACUAUUGCAUCUUUAAAUAAUCACACGUUAUUUCUUCUUUCCAAGUGUAAUUAUUUUUUUUCUUGAGUUAUUUUUAUUGGUUUGGGUUUUACUUCCAAUGUUGAAUAGAAGGUA